CCAGGCUCUCGAGGCUGCACCUUCUGGGGAGUCGGAAGGAAGUCCGCAAGUGUUUUUGCCAGUACAGGAUCCAGCGAUGGAGCGGUACUAUGACCAGCUUGCUUCUAGUGAUGAGUGUAGUAGCUAUACGGCAGCUCCUCCUAGUGUGGAUGAG